AUGGCGUUUACUUUGGACCCACUUGAGCACCUGGCAAUUUGCCUGAAGGAAGCAGAGGAAAAGGCUAAGGCUUUAUUGGAACAGCUUACAGUCUCUGAAGGCACAAAAAGAAAACUGCUUGAGCAAGUUUCCUGGCUGGAGCAAAAAGUAGAGACUGUGAACAGAAACAGCGUCAGUGGAGAACCGUAUGAAAACAUGGCUGUCAUGAAAGACAAGUACAUUGAGAAGCUGCAAGCUGAAGUAAAAGCUACCCAGGAGCAACUUGCAGCCUACAUAAAACUAAAGCACAAAGAGACAGCGAAAAAGCUACAAACUGACUUGGCAAUAGCUAAGCAAGAGGCUGCCAUCACUGUCCUGGAACUCAAUGAGAAGAUAGAGAUGCUCUGUGAAGGAAGGACUGCCCCUAGAGCAUCCGAUUCACUGGAAGUGCUCUAUGGAGGCCUCCUCCCACCAGUGGGAGAAGGUGAUAGAAAGAUUAGCUUCAUUGUGGAGCUGUCCACCCAACUCUCCCUUCAGACUGAGAAGAUCACUCAGCUGGAAGAAGUUUUAGCAGAAAAGGAAAGGAAGAUUCAGCAGCUGGAAGCGGAGCAGUGCUACCGUCUUCCCCAGGCGGCAGAUCCUACAGAAGGCUAUUAA